GCAUCACCUUCAGGUUGCACUCGCACAGAUAGCACGAAAAGCCGACAAUUCAGAGAUACCCAUUCCCAGAUGAGCGCAUCCAAAAUUACGGAAGUUACAAGUAGGUUUCUUUGUUCUCGUCAGUACCUCAGUUAUAGCAUAAGAACUCGAAGUUCAAGAAAUGUAUCUCCAAGUAAACACUAAAUCAAUGAUAAUCUGAUUUAGGUGCCAAAACAAUCUCCUUGAAAUGCUUGAGGCGGGUGUAAAACUGAUGCGUCACCGCGUGCACUUGCCCGGAUCCAGGUGCGUGGCUGGGGCGGCUACCUGGUGGACGCCCGGCCCCUGUCGGAGUCCAACUGGAUGCGCUACGUCAACUGCGCCCCGAGCGAGAACAGCCAGAACCUCGUGGCCUUCCAGCACAGGGGAGGCGUCUACUACCAGACAAGGGCCAAGAUAGCGCCGGGGACCGAGCUGCUCGUCUGGUACGGGGACGAGUUUGGCGCCGAGCUAGGACUCGUCGAAGCCAAGGACGGAGCCCAGAACAAGCACCAAGAAGAGGCACCGUCCCUCGAAGGGCCAGCGGAGACCUUCGCGUGCGGGGACUGCGACAGCGUCUUCGCUUCCCUCGAACACCUCCAGGGACAUCGGAAGAGGAUGCACGGGGGGAGAGAGGGCAGGCACCGAUGCGGUCACUGUCCCUACUCCAGCGAUAAGAAACGAAACCUAGUCAAGCACGAGCGCACCCACACGGGAGAGAGGCCCUUCGUGUGCGGCACCUGCGGCAAGGCUUUCACGCAGGAGGGCAACUUGACCAAGCACCAGAGGGUGCACACGGGCGAGCGCCCUCACGAGUGCGCCGAGUGCGGGCAGAAGUUCGCUCAGCUGGCAGACUUGAGGACGCACGAAAGCACGCACAGCGGAGAGCGGCCCCACGUCUGCCCAGAGUGUGGCAGCGGUUUCGUUACGAGAGGUCACCUCGCAAGGCACAGGCGAACCCACUCCGGCGAGAAGCCCUAUGCUUGCCACCUGUGCUCCUACAGGACCUCUGAUUUAAGCAACAUGAAGAGGCACGUGAUUCGGGCGCACUCAAAAGAGUAUCCGCACAAGUGCGGGGACUGCGGCAGAGGGUUCCUGCUCCCAUGCGAACUUAGAAGCCACAUGAGGAAGCAGCACUCCUCCGACGACCAAGAGCGUUAG